ACAUUCAUUCAUAUUUCUUAAUUUAAUUAUUUUGAAAGAUAUACAUAAUUGUGGUGUUCCGCAAUUUUAUAAAUAUCUUAUCAGUACUACGAUAAGAACUGUUGACCAAAUUGUCUUGUACACAGUUUAGUAAAGUUAUAAUAAAAAUACCCUUAUUGUAACACAGCGGAUUCAUUGCCUUGAGAACGUCAGAACUUAAUUUGAAAACAAGUUCUAAUUAUUUUAGUUGUUACGCGUCCUGCGGCCUACACAAGUACAUCCGGAAGAAGUUUGAUUCAGUUUGUUUGAUUUACUUUUAUAACCGACUAACAAUGAACCGUCUCAAAAACAACUGGUUUACGGAGUCCUGCGAGAUGUGGCCGGGAGGCACAUUCUCUUUCGAAGUUAAGGAGGUGCUUCACUCAGAGAAGUCAGAUUAUCAGGACAUUGAUGUCUAUGAAACUACAAGCUUUGGCAGGGUGCUGGUGCUGGAUGGGAUCAUACAGUGCACACAGAAAGAUGAAUUUUCAUAUCAGGAAAUGAUCUCGUUCCUGCCACUUUGCUGUCACAAAAACCCUGAAAAAGUGCUGAUAGUUGGAGGAGGAGACGGCGGGGUGGCCAGAGAGGUCGCCAAACAUCCUAAAGUUAAACAAAUUGUUCAGGUAGAAAUAGACGCGAAAGUGAUCGAAGUAUCGAAAAAAUACCUCCCAUUCAUGGCUGUGGGAUUCGACAGUCCGAAACUGACGCUUCACGUCGGCGACGGGUUCGAUUUCAUGAAGAACCACAGCCAAGAGUUUGACGUCAUAAUAACAGACAGCAGCGACCCCAUCGGACCUGCCGUAAGUCUCUUCCAAGAGAAUUACUUCGCGUUGAUGAAAAGCGCCCUAAAACCCGGUGGGAUAGUGUGCUCCCAAGCUGGUACCAUAUGGAACGAUAUAGAACUGGUAUCAAGCACUUUGAGGUACUGUAGGAACCAGUUCUCAUCCGCUGCGUACGGGUACACCUCGGUCCCUACGUAUCCCUCAGGACAAAUAGGGUUCGUCAUAGGAUCUCUAGACAAAGACGUCAAGUUCGACACGCCACAACUAGUGUUUACCCGCGAGGACGAAAAGGCGAUGAACUUGCGAUACUACAAUAGUGACGUUCACAAAGCAGCAUUCGUUUUGCCGACAUUUGUCAAAUAUCAGCUAGUUUGAUUCAUGUUUGUUUUCGUAUGUACUUAAACAUAAUGCAUUUAUUGUUACAUAUAUUUUUUCUGUUUUUUUUUUAUGUGCAUAAUUUUUUAUCCAUGUUUAUGAAGGUUUUUUUUUGUAUUCUUGAUAAGUGUUAUUUGACAUUGAACUUUAAGCAUCAGUUUGAAGAUAGCUUUUACUGUACUUAUAGAUUUUACCGAAAUUUGGCUCGAAUAUUCUAAAUUAUUAUAAGUUUUGUUUUGUUUUUAUUUUCAAAUUUCUAAUUGGUUAAUCUCAUAUAUUUAUAAAGGUAACAUAAUAAUCCUAAUGCAAAAAUUACUUUUAUGCAAUAAUAAUAACAAUUUUAGUUGGUACUUAAACAAACUCCUCUUAGAUGAUAAACAAUACUGGUACUUUUAAUAAGAUGUAUAGUCAUUUCCACAAAAUGACAAACAAUGUUGCCAGUAAAAAAUCGAAUUACAUUAAAAAUGUAAUGUUUGGUGCCUUACAUUCCCAUAUGCAUUCUAAAUACUAAUGUUAGUCUAGUCUGUAAUGUUUUCAAUUCGUAUUAGGGGUAAGGGAUAAUUAUUAAAAUAAAUAGUGUUUAAUUAUUUAAUACCACAUUUAAAAAUAUGAACAUUGUUUUGUGUUUAUUUAAAAUACUCAGCAUUUAUUUUAUAAAAGGUAUAAAAUGUAAUCAAAACUAUUCCAUAAUUCAGAUGUUGUAACUUUGUUUUUAAAAAAUCAUACGUUGUUUAGUCCUAAGAAAAUCAUAUUUCAAAUCGAGCAGAUAUGUUUAAAAAAAGCAUUUAACAUCAUUCUUCAAUUAUGACAAUAUUUGCUCAAUAUAUUAAUAAUUUAUAAACAAAUGUAUAUUUUUUACGAUGUUUUUGUAUAUUUUUUUAUGAAUGUUGAAAUCGGGGACAAUAAAUGUAUUUUUU